AUGUGGGUGGGGCGCUACACCGGGUGUUUCCCACCAAGUGAAACACACAUGUUCAAAACCAUUACACCCAAUAAAAAGUACAACCAUCUACCAAACAACUGGUCUAUCGGCUGUAAGGACAGACUAGCACAUAAGAUGCGAAAAAUGAAGAUGGCUCACGGUAAACAAUUUAAUUUCCACCCACCAACCUAUCUGACACCCGACGAGAUGGAAGCAGUUAAGAAGGCUUGGGAGAGCGGACCAAAGAACCAGCUGUGGAUUUUAAAACCGUAUUGUUUUUACGGAGGCAAAGGCAUUGAAGUGAUUCAUCAGUUUGGACAGAUUCCAUUACAACAUAGACGCAUCGCGCAAAGAUACAUUCCAAACCCCUUCCUCAUAAAUGGAUAUAAGUUUGACUUGCGGGUUUUAGUCCUCGUCACAAGCGUCGACCCACUGAGAGUGUAUGUGUACCGCGAUGGCCUUGUCAGAUUUGCUACUAAGAAGUUUACAACACGCGCCUUCGAUGAAACUAUCCAUCUCACUAACGUUGAAGUGAAUGAGAAAAACCCUGACUACAAACUACGUUACUCUAUGCAAACUGGACACAAAUGGUCAUUUAAUAAGCUAUGGGAGCAUUUGAAAACUAAAGAUGGAACCGACCACGAGCCGAUUUGGGAGAAGAUCAAAGACAUCGCAUUAAAGACGAUAAUCGGGUUUUAUUUUAUUUUAAAUUUACAUUUCUCUUUCUGA